AAUCCCUUCGGCUUCUGCUUCGGCUUCGCCCGCGCGGCCCGGGCCCUAACCUGCUCGAACCCAUUCUGCGGUAGAGGCCGGCCGGGGCUCUUUAAGGCCCUGUCCGCGCCUGCGCCCUGGGCUUUCCUGAAGCGGCCCGACCGGAGCCGGGCGGAGCUGGCGGGCGCGGGGCUGCGCGGGGUUCUCCCGAGUCGCCAGCGGUACGGGGUCGCGGGCAGCUCCGGGUUCCCGAGCGAGAGGCGCGCGCCGGGGAACGCGAGGGACGCGGCCACCGAGGCCGAGCCGGGCCGAGGCGCUGGGAGGCGGCGGCGGCGGCGGCGGCGGCGGCGGCGGCGCGGCCGCCGGCUGGAUGGGAAGUUCAUGUUGACGGCGGAGUCCACCUCAGGUUUCCAAGGUGGCGACAGACAAGGUGGCAGAAAAGCUGAGUUCUACUCUCUCAUGGGUGAAGAACACUGUAUCGCACACAGUCAGUCAGAUGGCCAGUCAGGUGGCAAGUCCAUCUGCCUCACUACACACCACAUCCUCAUCCACCACACUGUCAACACCAACACAGUCACCGUCUUCUCCAUCAAAGUUGAGUCCAGACGACUUAGAACUCCUGGCUAAGCUGGAGGAACAAAACAGAUUAAUAGAGACAGACAGUAAGUCUUUAAGGUCAGUGAAUGGAUCAAGAAGAAACAGCGGCUCCUCUCUUGUAUCAAGUUCAUCAGCCUCCAGCAACCUCAGCCACCUAGAGGAAGACUCUUGGAUUCUUUGGGGAAGAAUUGUGAAUGAAUGGGAUGAUGUACGCAAGAAGAAAGAGAAGCAAGUGAAGGAGCUUGUUCGUAAAGGGAUACCCCACCACUUCAGAGCAAUAGUUUGGCAACUUUUAUGUAAUGCACAGAGUAUGCCAAUUAAGGACCAGUAUUCAGAACUCCUGAAAAUGACUUCACCUUGUGAAAAACUGAUCCGAAGGGAUAUUGCUAGAACAUACCCAGAACACAACUUUUUUAAGGAAAAAGAUAGCCUUGGACAGGAGGUUUUAUUUAAUGUAAUGAAGGCAUACUCCUUAGUGGAUCGCGAGGUCGGCUACUGCCAGGGCAGUGCUUUCAUAGUUGGGUUGUUGCUUAUGCAGAUGCCAGAAGAAGAAGCUUUUUGUGUAUUUUUUAAAUUAAUGCAAGACUACAGACUUCGUGAACUAUUUAAGCCAAGUAUGGCAGAAUUGGGCCUUUGUAUGUACCAGUUUGAAUGCAUGAUACAGGAGUAUCUUCCAGAGCUCUUUGUACAUUUUCAAUCUCAGAGUUUCCAUACAUCAAUGUAUGCAUCAUCCUGGUUCCUGACUAUCUUUCUUACAACUUUCCCACUACCAAUUGCAACAAGGAUAUUUGACAUCUUUAUGUCUGAAGGUUUAGAAAUAGUGUUUCGAGUAGGAUUAGCGCUUCUUCAGAUGAAUCAGGCCGAGUUAAUGCAACUUGACAUGGAAGGGAUGUUACAGCACUUUCAGAAGGUCGUUCCACAUCAGUUUGAUGGUGGCCCAGAAAAAUUAAUCCAGUCAGCUUACCAAGUCAAAUACAACUCAAAAAAAAUGAAAAAACUUGAAAAAGAAUACACUACAAUAAAAACUAAAGAAAUGGAAGAGCAAGGUGAAAUUAAAAGGCUACGCACAGAAAACAGGCUUUUAAAACAGCGCAUUGAAACAUUAGAAAAAGAAAGUGCUUCCUUGGCAGAUAGAUUGAUACAGGGACAAGUGACCAGAGCUCAGGAGGCUGAGGAAAACUACCUCAUAAAACGGGAGUUGGCCACCAUCAAACAACAGACUGAUGCGGCCAGGGCUGAGCUGGAGCAGGCUGAAAGCACCAUCAGGGAGCUCCGGCACCAUCGCCACUGGCAUAAAUGCAGCUCUACCUACAACGAAGAUUUUGUGCUGCAGCUGGAGAAGGAAUUGGUUCAAGCCAGACUGAGUGAAGCUGAGUCUCAGUGUGCACUGAAGGAGAUGCAGGAUAAAGUGUUGGAUAUAGAGAAGAAGAACAACUCAUUUCCUGAUGAGAAUAAUAUUGCAAGGCUUCAGGAGGAACUCAUUGCUGUGAAGCUGAGGGAAGCCGAAGCCAUUAUGGGUUUGAAAGAACUUCGACAGCAAGUCAGAGACUUAGAAGAGCACUGGCAGCGUCACUUAGCUCGGACUUCUGGAAGAUGGAAAGACCCACCCAAGAAAAAUGCUGUGAAUGAGUUACAGGACGAGCUAAUGAGCAUUCGCCUUAGAGAAGCGGAAACACAGGCAGAAAUAAGAGAGAUGAAGCAAAGGAUGAUGGAAAUGGAGACACAGAACCAGAUCAAUAGUAACCAACUUCGAAGAGCAGAGCAAGAGGUGACUAGUCUGCAGGAGAAGGUGUGCUCCCUGACUGUGAAGAACAAGGGGUUGCUUGCCCAGUUAAGUGAGGCGAAACGCAGACAGGCAGAGAUUGAAUGCAAGAACAAGGAAGAAGUCAUGGCUGUGAGACUCCGGGAAGCCGAUAGCAUAGCUGCCGUGGCUGAACUACAGCAGCACAUUGCUGAGCUUGAGAUCCAGAAAGAAGAGGGCAAGCUCCAAGGACAGCUUAACAGGUCUGACUCUAACCAGUACAUUAGGGAACUGAAGGACCAGAUAGCAGAGCUGACUCAUGAGCUCAGAUGCCUAAAAGGCCAGCGAGACUUCUCCAGCCGACCACCUUUUGAUGGAAUCCACAUUGUCAGCCAUCUAAUAGCAGACGAUGAAUUGUUCCACUCAUCGGAUGAAGACUUUAUAGGUAGUUCCUUACAGGAAAGUGCCAUCGGUUUCCCUUUGCACAGAAAAUCUGGCCCAGUGUCUUUGAACCCCGCUUUGGCAGAUGGCAGUGAGAGUGAAGCAGAGGACGGUGUGCUGGGGACUCAGGAGAGCGACCCUGAGGCUCCACAGAAGUCCACACAGAGAGAGUCCUACUCCACUACCGUGUGACCUUCACUGUGACAGCGGAGUCCUGAGGGCAGCAGUGUUCCACUGAGAGGAGCCGGGGCCACCCCUCGUCCUGUGUGUAUAUGUCUGUUUACAGUCUGACCUGACUGUCUUUGCCAAACACUCACUGAAUUUCCAUUGCCACAGUAGACUGAAGUAUACUAAUUGGUAAAUGGGGUUCUAACAGUAUUACUGAAUAUAAAUUUUUCCUAUUUAAAAAAUACUGCUAUGUCUAAAUGUGAGAACCAUUUAAAAAUUGAGGACUGUGGGAAAUUGGGUUCUUUUAAAACAAAACUGCUCUUGUGCAAUAUUUUAUGCUCAUUGAACAAACUGUACGUUUGUGUUAAUUAAUUUGUUUCCAAGUCAGCUGCCUAUAGACAUCUGACCAGAAUAUAGAUGUGAUUUAACCUGUGUUUGAGGAUGUCCCUUUCUUCACUAAAAUCCAUUUCUGUUAGUAGCCAUUGGAGACUGUCACAGAAACACUUUUUCUCUGUAUAAUUUCUAAACACAAAGUAAUUGUUCUGAAAGUUUUUUGUUUUAGUUUCUAAGUAUUAUGUGUAUUAUACUUUGUGUGUUAGUAAGAAUGGUAGCAGGUUAACUAGCAUUUGUACAUAUUAUAAGUCUGUAUUGCCCAGCAUCCUCUUACAUGAGUAGCAAACAUUGACAGGGACUGCCUUCAGCAUUCUAACAGGACUUCUGUAAAUAACAAGUUAGAAGAAAACUAAAUACAAACCAGACACUACUGGCUUAGCAGCUGUAGUAACUCGCUAACGGAUUCAUAACUGAUUGCUAUUCAAGCACUACGGUGAAGUCCUUUACUCCAUCUUUAACUAAUAAACAUGAUUACAGAGGUCAUAGCAAUGCUACUUUAUGCUAAUCUAUUUAAUAUAAUUUAGCACUAGAAUAAGGUCCAAGAUGCACAGCAAAUAUAUUGGAAAAGAAUGUUGUAUGUAUUUAAAUUCUUUAGUUUCUAACCAACAGUUAAAGCCAUAAGAACCCUUUACUUGUAGUCAUUUCCUCUGUUCAGACUUUUUCUCUAGAAAGCUGAAUGCCUGUUAGUUGUGAAUUGAGAAAGGACACUCAACCUGUGGAGAGGCUGCAGGCCAGUGUUGACUCGUCUCUCCACUCUCUUUUGUUGUUUGCAGCCUAGGAAAAGAAGAGCCAUAGUGGAAAAUAGAUUUAGUACACUUAUGGAAGGACAUUCUUGCACGGAAUGUUGUAUACAUAAAGAAAAAUGUUUUACAAAAUGGAGUAGAAGAAACAAAAGUAGUUUUCAUUCUAAGACUGUGUGAUGCCUUAUGCUGCAUUGUGGGCCAGGCUUUCCCAGCAAGUCUGUGCUAGCCACUCUCUUGCUUGACAGACAAGAUUGGACACAUGCCUUCUGUGUCCAGAGUACCCACUAAAUUCUCACAUUUAAUCUACCUGUGAUCACAAGCUAGUUAUUAUUUGAGGUAUUAAUUCAAAUCUCUCUUUCCAGGCUUUUCAAAAGGCCUAGCUAGUGAGUUUUUCAGUUCCCUGCUUUCUGGCAAUAAAAUAAGUUUUAUUUAAAUCUGUUUCCAAGAAUCUUCUGUAGAGAUGGGCAUUCAUGAACAUCGUAGUCAAGUCUCUCGGUGAGAGUAGAUCCUGCUCUGAGAGUUGACAGCACUGCCAGGGACUAGUCUGUUCGGGCUUUCCUGUGUGGCUCUGUACUGAUACUCCAGGAGGCUGUCAGUAGCCCAGUGCAGUGAACGACUUGUAGCCCUGUUAUUUAUCUAGAUCUCACAUCAAGAAACCUGAAUGGGGCUAGCAGUACAGCUCGCAAGUUAGAAUGCUUACCUAAAAUGCCCACGGCCCUGUGUCCCAUCCCAGCAUCACCAAAACCCAAACAAGCUCAGAGGACUUCCUAAUUCUCUUUCUGAUUUAAAAAUAACCUUGGUAAUUAAACUUUAAUUCAUUGAUGCUCUUGUGAUUUGUACAGUGGAAAGCUAGAAGCAAAAUCUCUUCAAGGUCUUAGAGUCAAGUCAGGUGCGGGGGGGUGGAGGGCAUGCCGACAUCUCCUGUUACUCUGGAAGAUGAGGCAGGAGGAUUGCCUGAGUAUAAGACCAGCCUGGGUAACAGCAAGAUUUUGUCUCAAAAACAUAUUUUUUAGAUUUACAUACACCUGAGAGAGAUGUAAAGUCUUUCUGGACAUCAGGGUCCUUCCUGUAGGAUACUGUACCCUGAUCUGACUCCAUUUCAUCCAAACUAAUGUUAAGUAUCUGUUUAGGACUUUGAGAUGUUGGACUGUGGUCUAAUGAUGAAUUUUACUUCAUCUGAUAUUUUUGUGUCUUUCAAAUGGUAUCUGUUCACAACCCUAAGACUUGAAGGAUGUCCUAGGGAGUGAAUGGGUAGAUGACAGAUGGCAGAUUCCUUGCUCUCUUGGGAUAGUGACUUUCCUGCUCUCAUUUCUGCCCCAGGUGACACACUAAAGGAGAGGCUGCAAGCCCAGACGAUAGGAUCCAGAAAGCACUUCAACAAACUUUUUUUUUUCAGUUCUGGGGAUGGAACCCAGUGGGUAAGCUCGCUACCACUGUGCUACACCCAGUGUCUGACUUCUUCAAAAUCAAUGCAUAUAUUUUCUUUAUGGAGAACGAGGCCAAAGAGAAUGUUUUAUCAACUUCUACUCUGGUUUCUUGUUGUUUAAAUUUGUUGUUUUGGUUUGUUUUUAUUUUGUUUGGCCAGUUGGUGGCCAGUCAGCCUUUGCUGGUUGAUGGAGACAUCAUAUUCCAGCUAACUGGCCGUUGAUGUUGAAAACAAGAGAAAAAAGCCUUUUCCAGCCCUGAGCACAAUGCAGCUUGUGAAUUUCCAGGCAGUGCCUUUGAUUGAAAAUAAUGUCUAUUGCUUUUGAAGCAUAUUAUUCCUGGCAUCGUAAGAAGUCAUUUGGUUCCUUAUUCACCAUUUGCAUAAUGCACUGUAAUAUUCAAUUUUUAAAAGUUAAGGAUAUCAACUAUGUUUUGGUAAGCUUUUCAUGGCCAGCAUGGUCAUUGCACAACACCAAGACAUGGAUGGCCAACAUUUGUAGAAUCAGUAACUUACUUACUAAAGCAAUGAGUUUUAGCCUGAAAGUUAUUGCUGCUCUAGAUUAGCAAGCAAUUUUUAAUUAAUUUCUUAUUAAUUCUGAAAUUAAUUAAAAUCUCUUAUUGACAAUAGGGUAGAUGCUAUUUAAAAUGCAACUUUUACAUUACAUCUGUGGAUCUACAUACCCCUUCCCUUCAGAGAAGAGGUGACACAGUAAUACAUUGGACAUGCAAAGAUACAAAUGUCUUUCAUUGUACUGUCAGGUUUUCUUAAUUGUAACACUGUAUAACCUAAAAUGUUUACUUGUGCCUUUGCUUUAAAUAAUUAAAGUUUCUCAUUUUAUAAGA